AUGGUUGGAGGGACAGGAACCAGGAACGGAGAAGGGAUGAUCAGAUCAGGACCAGGUGUGGAGAAUCUGAGGCGAGCUGGCGGAGGACUACCAGCCCUGGCCAGAUUCCAGAGGGUCUCACAUGCACUGUGUACAGCCUCUCCAGAGAACAAGGCCUACUCAUCUCAACUCACUCUCCUAAACCCCCCGGACACCUGUGGUGAUGGUGGAAAGGUGUUAAUCUACUCAGUGGAUGGGAGUCACUGGCUUAACAUGAAAAUCCUUCUGGAGGCCCUACAUUCUCGGGGCCAUCAAAUCACAGUGCUUCGCUCUUCCACCAGCUGGUACAUUUCUGAAUUUUCACCUUAUUAUACCUCCAUCACAGUCCCGCAGGAACAGUCCCAAAACAUGGAAAGCCAAGCAUUUACAAAUCAAGGCUGUUUGUGGGCAUUUUUUCAGUUCUACAGGAACUUUUUCAACAUGAUGAGGAAAAACCACCAGACUGUUGCAAAGCUGGUUGUCACCAUCUUUGAGAAUAAGACACUGAUUAGGGAGCUGAAGGAAACUGGGUACGACCUCGUAUUAACAGACCCAACCUUUCCAGCUGGGGUACUUGUGGCACAUUAUCUCAAGCUUCCCUUGGUUUUCAACGCACGUUGGAUAUUCACCGGAGAGGCGCAUUUUGCCAUCGCUCCUUCUCCACUGUCCUACGUCCCUGUUUUGUUCUCCUAUUACUCUGACAAGAUGGACUUUUUUCAAAGGGCCAGUAAUAUUAUUUAUCAAGGCAUGUUGGUUUACUUGUACCACUAUGUCUCCAAUCCUCCGUACCAGGCCUUGUGUGAUCGUUAUUUUGGAGGUAACAUCAGCACCAUGUCUCUAAUCCAAGAAGCUGAUAUCUGGUUGAUGCGGCUUGACUUCACUUUUGAGUUUCCUCGUCCCACCAUGCCCAAUGUCGUCUACAUCGGAGGCUUCCAGGGUAAGCCUUCCAAGCCUCUUCCAUCAGAUUUAGAAGACUUUGUGCAGAGCUCUGGUGAACAUGGGGUGAUUGUCAUGACCCUGGGAACCCUGCUGAGUGACCUUGGCCCAGAAGUAUCGGAGACCAUUGCUUCAGCAUUUGCUAACCUCCCCCAGAAGGUUCUGUGGCGACAUCUUGGGAAAAGACCAGCCACUCUAGGAAACAACACCAUGCUGGUUGAAUGGCUGCCUCAAAAUGAUAUCCUUGGCCACCCUAAGACCAGGGCCUUUGUCACACAUGGGGGCACCAAUGGCCUCUAUGAGGCCAUCUACCAUGCAGUGCCGGUUUUGGGUAUUCCUCUCAUCUUUGACCAGUAUGACAACAUAGUGCGUAUAAAGGCCAGUGGUGUUGCUGAAAUAGUUGAAGUGACAACAAUGGAUGUUGAGUCUCUGACAAGAUCUCUAAAGAACAUUGUUGACCCAGAAAAGCCCUACAAACAGAAUAUGGUCAAACUGUCACAGCUUCAUCAUGACAAACCAAUAAAACCCAUUGACAAUGCUGUUUUCUGGAUAGAGUACGUCAUGAGGCACAAGGGUGCAGCGCAUCUUCGCACCGAGUCAUUUAAGCUGCCCUGGUACGCCUACUAUUGUCUAGAUGUGAUGGCAGUCUUUGUAGCAUGUGUUUAA